GCGGGGCUGGCACGGCCCAGCCCACUGCGGCAGCGGCGGGCGGAGCGCGAAGGUUGAGAAGCGGGGGAGCCUUGAGGGGGUCUACGAUCCACAAAACACAAUCGGGUGAUUCGUUCUGAGGGUACCGGGAACCCGUGGGAGUGCUCAGCCUCCUCCCGUCCGCUGCCGUCCGUCCAGCCGCCUGGCAGGUGCCAGGGAUCCCGAUUCCAGAGGCCUUUCCCUCCCCAAGGCAUCGGCUGCCUUCCCCUGAGUGAGUGCCCGAGAAACUGAAUACUACCUCCAAAUGGCUGGGUCAGGUAGAGGAAGAGGACGUGCUUCGUUUACCUUCAACAUUGAGGCUAUUGGAUUUGGUAAUGGUGCAGCUCUACCUGAUGUCAUCUGUAAGCCUCCACCACCAUUUCCAAGUACAGACAAUAAGCCAGUGCCUCUGAAAACAGGAGAAGAUGAAGACUACAUGUUGGCCUUAAAACAAGAUCUUAGAGGAACUAUGAAAAGAAUGCCGUACUUUUUGACAGUAGAAGAAGAACAUCAAGCAAUUGAGAGGUACAGUCAAAAGUACCAGGACAGUGAAAAGGAGCAGAAAACAUGGACUCCAGAUUGGAGAAGACUCCCAAGAGAGAUGAAACCAAAGAAGACAAUCAAAAAAGGUGCAAAACCAAAAAAGGCAAAAAACUUUGAGCCUAAAAGUAAUCUGGAUGUGAUAAAAAAAAUUGAGGAGUUGGAAAAGAAGGAUGAUGAAGAAGAAAAAUCUGAAGAUGAGAAAGACAAAACAAAAGACAAAGAAGGUGAAGAUGAUGAAGAAGCAGAAGAGCCAGAUGAAUACGGUGAAGAGGAACAUGAAGAGGAAAAUGACUACAUUUCCUCCUAUUUUGACAAUGGAGAUGACUUUGGUGAUGGCAGUGAUGACAAUAUGGAUGAAGCAACAUACUAACUGUGGUUGCUAGGUGCUACACUGCUCAAGCCUUACACUACUUGAAGUAGUAUUCUGGAGGUAGGCUGAAUAUCAACAGACCUAAUGCUUUAGCUCCAUUGGUUUUAAGCAGACUCUCCAAAACCACAUUGGAGUUUAAUUGUAUUAUGCUGUAAAAGAGGAUAUGAGAUCCUUUGUUUUGUUUUUUUGCCAAGUGUUUUGCAGAUAUGCACCUUUUUAAGGUCUUCUGGAAUGCCUCCUGAUGGAGUAAGCUAUAUGCCAUUGUGUCGCCUCUGCACAGAAAAAGAAUGUAUGCAUUUUACUUGAAAUUGUGCCUAAGCAUUUGUACUAGUCAGUUCUGUGCCUCAGCAGUGAAAUCUUGAAACCAGUCAUGAAAUUCUUGAUGACUGCAGCAAAAGAGAUAUGGCCUUUAUGGACAUAAACUGCUUGCAUUUGGCAGCUGACUUCUCUGAAGAAGCUUAUGUAACUUCUGAGUUCAGGUGACUAGAAAUAGUUGAUGACUAAGCACUUUAAUAUAAACUGACUUGAAAAAACCUUAGAAAUAUAGACAAACAAUAUGACAGUAAUUUGAAAAGCCAUUACUGUAGUUAGAAGAAUACAUUGCCUUUAGUAUUUUGGUAAAAUGUAUUACAUUACCUUUAUGAAUCACCUUAAGUCAUAAUUAAGGACAAUUUGAUUUAAAAAGAAUUUAUGGCAGAAGUUAGGAAAUUACAAAAUCCUGGUUUCACCAGUUAGUGAAAAUUUCAGUCCUUUGCCUCAGUUUCUCUGCCUGUUGCAGACUUUCUUACCUCACAGAGCUGUUAAGUGAGAAGGCAGAUAUGUAUCUAUGUAAUUGUUAAUGCAUUUGUUUACUUCCUACAGAACAAACAAGACAGAAACAGACAGCAAAUCAAUAGAAAAUAAAACCCAAAAAUGUAAGAAAAGAAUGUGGUGCAGUAUUUUAAUGCAUGAGGUUUUAAUUAGAAAAGCAAGGGGAGAAUGCUAAGAAUAGCAAAACCAGAAUGUUUGGAAACAUCAAUUUUAUUUAAAAACAAAAGCUGAAGUUUUGAAAAUUUGUUACUGAGUUUGAAUAAUACAGUAACAGUGCAUUCUUUGUGUCAUCUUUUGAUGGUACAAAAUAUUAUUGGUCAGUGUAAUUACAUUACUAUUGAUUGUUGUAGUUUUUUGGGUUUGGGGUUUUUUUUUGGAUUUUUUUUUUAAUUUAUUUUUUAUUUUCUUAACACAUGUUCCUGUUAACUAGUGCUGUUACUGGCUCUAAUGAAAAGUUUUAAACAAAACCAAUUCUUUUUAUCAGCAAAGGAAACUACAGUAGUUUUCCUUACAUGUCUGGCAUUCUGUCAAGCAGUACUUCACCUCACUUGUGACUGGGAAACAGUUCUGCAUUAUUCUAUGCACUUCUAUAUGCAGUAAGAAUUUAGUCCUUAAGGUGUAGCUUUUAAAUGUUCUAAUAUGUAUCAUAUGUAAAGGAAAUUAAACUAAAAUACUAUGCAGGUCACACCUCAGAGGUAUAUCACUUUUAUUUUGAAGUGUUUAUUGAAUACAAAUGUUUAAUAAAGAUUCUACUGCAUUGCAUAGGAAAUACAUUCUUUCAGUUUUCUUUUUAACAUCACACAUCAGCAGUUAGGUGUGCCUGCUUCUUGUGUGUGAUAUACAAAACAGAGAUAGAAGAUGUGAAUUAGGUAAGCAUGCUGAAAACUAAAUUCACUUGCCAUAACUGUAACUGCUGCUGCUGGCUGUUUGCCCCAUGCAGGGCAUGUCUCCUUCCUGUAUCCUGAUAGCAGACAGUAGUUCUUGAGGACCAAUGGCUUCCUCCACCCAUCAUACUGCUAGUGGAUGAGACAACUGCCUCCCUGCUGCACUGUUGAGAAAUACUACUCUGGGAAAAAUCAGGUCUUUUUGAGACCUUUGAAAGGUAAACUGUAGUCACUGUCUUCCAGAGGGAACUGCAAAGUCUUAGGCUGGGCCCUCUACGACUGGUUUAACAAUGGCAAAUAAGGCCAUUGCUUAGGUACAUGCCAAGUUCUGCAAGGACACAGCUCUGUGCUAAGGCACUUUUAAAGAGCAGUGAGAUUGUGCUCUUCAAGAGGUGCAACUCUUUUUAGAAGCUGAUUUUCUGAUAGCUUAGAAUUUAUUGCAAGACCAUAAUGACAAUGAAACUGUUCUUUGGUUGUCGGCAAACUGCAGAUUUUGACAGGCAUCUAUUCAAAUCCUGUAUUUACAGCAUAGAAGAAGAAGAUUGCUUUCUGUGUGUAGUCAUAUCACCAAGAAUUUCACCAAUCCCUACCUUAAUUUUUCAUAUCUACUUCUGGGAAUUUACAAGUUCUCAGAAACUUAUGCGGAAAAGUUCCAAGUUUACAAGGCAUGAACAGGAUAAACCAUUAAGGCUGCAGUUACGGUAUGCUAGAUGUAAAUGCUAUAUGCAGCUACUGCCAACAAAAUGCUUGCUAGCCAAGGAUUUUUAUUUUAGAUCAUACAUAAAAACUGGCCAAAACAAAUACAAGUAGGGGCCUCCUGUAAUAAAACAUGCACAGUAUGUACAGCUAAGAAUAUAUUAUAUGCACCACUUUCACCGCUUUCUAAAAUAAAACCUUUAUUUUACAUGUAUUACUUAUGUUCUUCUAAAAGCAGAAGAGCAGAAGUAAUUAAAAUAAGACUUGCAUCCUCACCCAGAAGUGUUUUACAAAGUUGUAUUUUCAGGCUUUAUAAAAGUUAUACAAAGACUAUUUGUGACAAUAUAUUCCAAAGAAUAGCAGAUUUAAAACACUUCAAUUUUAUAUGAUCCAACAGUGCAAUACGCACUUAAGUUAAAACCAACUUCCUGAUCAAUAUGUUGCAAUUGAUCCAAAAGGUGAUUUGCAACUCAGUUAUUUUGUGUUUUGUUGGUGGUUUUAUUUUUAAGAAGUCAGUUUCUGGAAGACUAACUUUACAGAUUUUAACUUAAGUCAGAUAAGUUUCUUACAGAGCAGUUACCCUGUUUAUUCAGAGCUGAUGUGAUGAUGCAUUUCCAGUUGUGUUGAACUUUGGAAAAAAAAAGUAAAGAUCCCUGCGUCCUGGAGAAAACCAUGCCAGCUCAUCUUUGUAGUUUAAUAGGACCAGGAGUCCUACAAUCUUGGAAAAAGACCUACUGCAUCUUCUGAUAAAAAGUGCUGCAUGAAAUAAGCUAUGUCAUACAUUUGUAAAAACAUUCCAGGCUCUUGAUUAGAAUGUAAUACAGUCCAGUUAAAGACCUGUCCCUUUAUGUUUUUCCAAGGACUACUUAUCCUAAGGUAAAUCAAGGGGACAGUAAGCCACAGGUAUUCCAACACUGUAAAGGCCCAAAGCCUGGGACAAAGAUCUCUUCAUCUGUGCCACCAUAUAACAAAAAGCAUCAGUUAACUACAGACCUCUGUAUCCUUACAUCAACAGAGACCUUCCUGACCUAGUCAGACCACAGCCAAAGUUAAUUUCACUUCUACACCAAUGGCAAUUUAAUACCCAUCAGUUCAGGUAUGUGCAGUAAAUGAGGCUUAUGUUGCAUCAUCACAAUAGCUAAUUUAAUGUGCUUUGACGAAUCUGUAAGAAAUGGAAGGAUAAAGUAUUAGAACUGUUGAGAUUUCAGGAACAGAAUGAUGGGGGAAGAAGCAAACUAGUAAAUAAGCUUGCAGCAAAAAAGCUGACACAUU